GCGCCACAAGAGUAUGACGGGGCUGUACGAGUUGGUGUGGCGGGUGCUGCACGCGCUGUUCUGCCUGCACCGCACGCUCACCUCCUGGCUCCGCGUUGGGUUCGGCACCUGGAACUGGAUCUGGCGGCGCUGCUGCCGCGCCGUCUCUGCCGCGGUCCUAGCGCCACUCGGCUUCACGCUCCGCAAGUCCCAGGCGAUCGGCAGGAACCGCCGUUACCAUAGGCACCCACGCGGGGGGUCGUGCCUGGCCGCUGCCCAUCACCGGCUGCGCUGGCGCGCGGACGGCCGUUCCCUGGAGAAGCUGCCUAUGCACAUGGGCCUGGUGUUCACCGAGGUGGAGCAGGAGCCCAGCUUCUCGGAUAUCGCAAGCCUCGUGGUGUGGUGUAUGGCCGUGGGCAUUUCCUACAUUAGCGUCUACGACCACCAAGGUAUUUUCAAAAGAAAUAAUUCCCGAUUGAUGGAUGAAAUUUUAAAACAACAACAAGAACUUCUGGGCCUAGAUUGUUCAAAAUAUUCACCAGAGUUUGCAAAUAGUAAUGACAAAGAUGAUCAAGUUUUAAAUUGCCAUUUGGCAGUGAAGGUGCUGUCCGCGGAAGAUGGAAAAGCAGAUAUUGUGAGAGCUGCUCAGGACUUUUGCCAGUUAGUAGCCCAGAAACAAAAGAGACCCACAGAUUUGGAUGUAGAUAUGUUAGGCAGUUUACUUAGUUCAAAUGGUUGUCCUGAUCCUGAUUUAGUAUUGAAGUUUGGUCCUGUGGACAGCACAUUAGGCUUUCUUCCCUGGCACAUCAGAUUGACUGAGAUUGUCUCUUUGCCUUCCCACCUAAACAUCAGUUAUGAGGACUUUUUCUCUGCCCUUCGUCAAUAUGCAGCCUGUGAACAGCGGCUGGGAAAGUAGUGGUCAUGGGUUGCAUAAUUUGAUUUUAGGGUUAUGGAGGAAAGGAUCCAAGUGACUCUGAUGUUUACAAAGCACCCCCUACACACCUAGUUCAUAAUCCUCAUAAUUUAUCAGCAAAUACAAAAAAGUGUCUUACUUGAGAUUGAGUGUGUGUGUGUGUGCGCGCGUGUGCACGUGCACACAUGUGCACGUUUGUAUGUGUGGAAAUAAACUUAUAAAUGGGGAUGUAUUAGAGAAAGAAAUACAUACACCUACAACUUUGAGCAGAUAGCAGCGAUGUUUUAGGAACUGGAAUGUCACACUUAACAUCUUCAGCCCCAGCUACUUCCCUGUUUUUGUGGGGAGUAGAGGGCCUGAUAGAACUUUUCAGGUUGUGUUUGAUGGGAGGGGAAUAAUUUUUGUUCAGUCCUUCUUAGUGACCAAACUUUAAUUUUUAAGAAUAAUAUAUUGACUUACUGAAUUGAAGCAUUCUGAGUUUAAAGGAGCUCCAGAGGAAUGGAGUUUUGUGUUGCUCUUGUGUUAAAAGCUUGCUCACCUUCAGAGAGAGCAGAGGGAAUACCUAUCUUCAUAUAUCCGUCCAUUUUCAUCUCUUUAUUACAGUCACAGUGUGACUUGAGAGUGUUGCUCUGGUGUCUGUAUUCUGGGUUAUGAAACUCUUACUGCAUUGAAAUAUAGACUUUAAAAAAUUUAAAUAUUGGUAGGCAGUCAAAAAAAGCAAACAAGCAUAAAAGGUGAAUAUGUUGUAAUCUUAAAAGAUGGAGAACUCAUUUAAAAAGGAAAGAAGGUUUUGAUUUCCUUUUUUGUUUGAUGGGCAGCAUGCUGUAUCAUACCCAAAGUUGGUUUAAAAAGUAUUUCCAUCAACUAUUUUUAUUUAAAAUAAACAUUUGAGGGAAGUUACUAAGGCAGCUUUUUUCCUCAAAAGUAACCUGGUUACUCUUUGGAAUAGCACAUUUUAGGGCCAUGGUUAAUACCUGAGACUUUUACUCAGUAAGUCCUGAUGAUUACUGUGUAUAAAAGGAUUGAAGGCCUGUGUGGGGAAUAAAAUAUUACCAAAGUCUAUCAAAAUAAAUUUUACAUGUUCUCUUUUAUGACAGAGAGCAGCACUGGUUCUGUUAUUUUUAAAAUGAAUAAUUGAUUUCUUUUUUUUUUUUUUUUGA